AUGCUUUGGAUGAAUGGAUGGAUAGUUGAUUGGAUGAACAAAGAAAGACCUCUCGACUUUUAUGACAGGAAUAAAUUAGAGAUACUCAAUAUUGGAGUGAAUGUUAGUGCCAGUGCCAGUGUGAAUAAGAGCUUGCUAAGAGAAGAGAACCGCAAAGCAUCGAAGUAG